CAUAGUGCUCCUGUAUGUAUGUAUGUAAAGAGCGCUAACACGAGAUUGAUGUAAAGGAUAAGAAGCACACUUCUUACAUGAGCAGAGCCAUAUCAUCCAUAUAUAGGCCCUACGUAUUACUCUCUCUCUUAAUUAUAAGUGACGAUCUGUACGAAGCAUCUCAAAGCUAGCCACCAUGUUCUUCACUCUCCAGAGAGAUAGACGAACAGAAAUGUCGAGAGAUCCAAUUGUUGGGCGAGAACCUUGUUUGCUGAAAGAUUGAUUUUUUGCUCAUUCUUUUUCCUUAUGUUUUUAGAUACGUUUAAAGUAGUCCCUUUGUUUAUUAAUUUGUUUGUCAAAUUAACACAUCUUUCGAAUCUAGAUUUAACAGAAAACGAUACAUAUAAUUUUCCUUAUGAUUUGAACUAUUUACCUGUUAAAUAAAAGAUGCAAAAAUAAUUUCAUAAGAAAAAUCUGUUUUUUUUUUUCUGGGUCAUUUGGGGUCAACGUCGAUCGUGAAGAACAAGAUCAGCAAGCAGUGUUCUUCUUGAAUUUGAGUAUAUAGCUUGUUCUAAUUCUAGGGUUUUUAUGUUUUCCUCUUUAUUGUCAAAGAUUAAGGCAGCGACCAUGUGAAUUCCAUCGAACCCAAAGAAUAUAUCCCCAAGCAUGCUGUGUAUAUAUACAUCUCUCUCUUGCAAGAUCUCGAGUUGGGUGCUACUCAUCAUCAUGAACAACAAUAACCCAUUAUCAAUAAUCCAAUAACAAGAAAAGGGUUUGAUCUUCAACACGAGUCGCUGAUCCGCCUCGUAAAACGAAUUACGAUCCGCCGGAAAACUCGCGUAAUUCUCAUGGAUCUGUCACUAGCGACCAAAAGUUCCGACCAAGAACAAGACAUAGAUCAAGAAAUCUCCGCCGACAACAACAACAUGAACGUGCCGGUUCCGGUGGAGAAGGAGCACAUGUUCAACAAGGUGGUGACGCCGAGCGACGUGGGGAAACUGAACCGUCUGGUGAUACCGAAGCAGCACGCCGAGAAUUACUUCCCCUUGGAUUCGUCGUCGAGCCAAAACAGCACGCUGUUGAACUUCCAGGACAGAAACGGCAAGAUGUGGAGGUUCCGUUACUCGUACUGGAACAGCAGCCAGAGCUACGUCAUGACCAAAGGAUGGAGUCGCUUCGUUAAGGAGAAGAAGCUCGACGCCGGAGAUAUCGUGUCGUUUCAACGCAGCGUCGGUACGGAACCCGCGAAAUCUAGGCUGUUCAUCGACUGGAGGCACCGUCCCGACAUUAACCUCGUACGGAAUCCGACAAUACCCUCUUCUUCACUCUUCCUCCACCAUCAUCAUCCUUAUCAGUUCGGUGAUUUCAAUUUUCCGACGUCGGUACAUGGCAACAGGCUACCGGAAUAUUCCGUUCCCUGGGGCUUAAACUUCGACGUUCGUAAUCCGCAUCAUCAGUACAACCGACAAGAACGGGAGAUUAUAGGGUAUGGAUAUGGUAGUUUUGUCGGGCGAUGCUGGCCGUCGGAUCAGCGGAGCCCCUGUGGAUCAGAGCCGUUGGUGUUCGACUCGAUCCCGGUGGUUGCCGGGAGGAUAACUCCGGCGGUUGUGGCGGAGUUGCCGCCGCCGGAGGUGGCUGCAGCUGGGAAGAGGCUAAGGCUGUUUGGAGUAAACAUGGAUUGUGGUACGGACGAUCAUCAUUCCACUUCUCCCGGGAGAGAUAUUGUGUCACGUGGCGAAAUGGGUGCAUCGUCUUCUUCAUCUUCAGCUCUAAGGUUAGGAAGGUCGUCAACUGAUGAUGAUCCAAAUGCAAGGAAAGGGAAGUCUCUGUCUUCCUUUUUCUCUUGAUUCGGAUCCACAUGAGGACUCUAAUUGGACACGAAGCUAUACGAGUUCUUAAAGACAAGCCGCCGAUUAAUUAAUAAUGGUAGAGUUUAAUUUCACAAUCUUUUAUUCUAUCUUCUCUCUUCUUUGAUCUUAUUUUGGGUCUAAAUCAUCGAUUCCAGUGAAUUGAGAGGUUCAUUCUAGAAUCAAUCACAUUGAUUUUUUUAUUUAUUAAAGAAUUCUGAAUCAAGGUGUUCUUCACAUCGAGAGUUUUAGGUUUUGUUUUUAUGUUGAAACUGGAAUCAAUUGUAAUAUUUGUGUAUAUAAAUAUUUACAAAGACAAAAUUAUACAAUCAUAUAUCUGUAUAUGUUUUCAGAUUAGUCUAGAGCUUUCAACAUGUUCUGGACGGGAAAUUUUAUUAUCCCAUAAUUUUGGAAAAUUCCCGUCAUUCUACCAUGAAAUAACUAGCCGGUUCACUGUGAAGUGAUUCACUAUCCCAUCAAGCGAACUAUGUUCGUUCAUAAACUGUACUAUGUGCCUAUUUCCCCUACACUGACAAAGUUUCAUGGUACAUUCUAAGCUCAUGGUCAGCUAGCUCCAAAUCUCUCUCUCUCUCUCUUCUUUUCUCUUCUGGUCCUAAGCCUAUACAUACAUAUGUAUAGUUUGUUUGGUUAGUGGUGUUUUGCUCAUUUAAAGAG